UGAUAUUUUCAAAACUUGAGGAACCGAGAAAUUUAUAAGGAGCAAUAGUUCAGGUACCAUUUGGACCAAUUUCCCUAUAAUUUAUCAACGAGUCACACCGACAAUUCUUGAACUUGUUUUUGUGUCUCUCCGCCUUUUCUCAAACAACUUCAAUCCCACAAAGAAAACCCAGAUGGAGUUCUACGGCCAACAAGUGGUUCUGAUCACCGGCUGCUCGCAGGGUGGCAUCGGCCACGCGCUGGCACGCGCCUUCGCCGACGAGGGCUGCCUGGUGGUGGCCACAGCCAGGUCUCUGAGCUCCAUGGCCGAUCUUGAGGACGACCCAAGAUUCUUCCUUCAAGAAUUGGACGUGGUUUCCGAGGAGAGCGUGAACGAAGUGGUGUCUACAGUGGUGGAGAAGUACGGCAGAAUCGAUGUGGUGGUGAACAAUGCUGGAGUUCAGUGCGUGGGUCCACUCGCUGAAGUUCCUCUCUCUGCUCUGCACCACACGUUUGACACCAACGUUUAUGGUCCCAUGAGGUUGAUACAAGCUGUUAUCCCUCACAUGGCGUCAAGGAGAAAGGGAAAGAUUGUAAAUGUUGGAAGUGUUAGUGCUUUGUCCCCUGGACCAUGGUCUGGCGCUUACACAGCAUCUAAAGCUGCUCUUCAAGCACUUAGUGAUUCUUUAAGAUUGGAACUCAAGCCCUUUGGGAUCAAUGUAAUCACUGUUGUACCUGGAGCUAUUAGGUCAAACAUUGGAAAUUCUGGUUUAGUUGGCUACAACAAGAUGCCUGAAUGGAAAUUAUAUAAACCUUUUGAGGCAGCAAUUCGUGCUAGAGUGACUUUCUCACAAGGACCCAAAUCAACCCCUUCAGAGGAGUUUGCGAAGAAGACAGUAUCUGCCAUUCUGAAGAAGAAUCCACCAGCUUGGUUCUCUUCCGGUCACCUCUCUGUCAUAUUUGCAAUCUUGUAUUAUAUGCCAAUCGUCGUUAGGGAUUUUGUCCUGAGGAAAGCAAUGAAACUUUGAGUUCUUACAGGGUCUGGUUUAUAAUCUUUGAUCGUCAGUAUCAAGGAAGCAUCAUUUUCAAGGACAAAUAAGGCAGAGACUGUGAAGUUAAAAAAGAAUCCAAAAUAUUGUAUGUAUCUUGAUUAGUAUAUCUGCAUUCUUACUGUA